AGGGGCAAACCGGUUGCAUACUACUCAAAGCGUUUGGACUCGGUGGCUCGAGCAUUACCCCUUUGUCUUCGAGCGGUAGCUGCGGCCGCAGAGGCAGUGAUGGCAAGCGCAGAUCUAGUCCAGUUACAUCCACUGAAACUUCGAGUUCCCCAUGCAGUGCACGCAAUCCUGACACAGGUCAGGACAUCUCAUUUGACGCCUGCGCGAUCGGUGCAUUAUCAGAAUGUUUUGUUAACACUGGCAAAUGUGACUGUGGAAAGAUGCUCUGCUUUGAAUCCGGCGACCCUCCUUCCCACGGAGGCGGACGGAGAACCGCAUGAUUGUUUGCAGGUCAUCGACUGUGUGUGCAGGCCUAGGCCGGAUCUGACCGACAUCCCACUGGAAGGAGGCGACAUCCUGUUUGUCGAUGGGAGUUCUUUGAGGCUGGAGGACGGAUCUCCAGCGACCUCCUAUGCCGUGGUGAUGCAAGACGGAUUACUUGUGGACGGAGGGCCUCUGCCCAGACAUUGGUCCGCGCAAGCGGCUGAGCUGUUUGCACUGCGACAGGCCUGCAAAUUGGCUGAGGGACAAAAAGUCACUAUCUACACAGACUCAAGAUACGCCUUCGGGGUGUGUCAUGAUCAUGGUGCAUUGUGGAAGCAGAGAGGUUUUCGCACCAGCACUGGAAAACCCAUUCAGCAUCAUGAGUUAGUGGAACAAUUACUGGACGCUCUCAUGCUACCUAAACAGGUGGCAAUAGUGAAGUGCCAGGCCCACACUAAGCGGACUGAUGAAAUCAGUCAGGGAAAUGACCUCGCAGACCAGUGGGCUAAAAGUUUAGCCAAGAACUCCACUGGGUUUGGGAAUAAGGUUUUACUGGCAAAGAAUGUCGAUAAACCAGGCGCUGAAAUGACCUUGUUUUGAUUCAAACAGGUGCAACGGAGGCUGAGCUCCACGGCUGGAAACGGAGUGGGGCAUGGAGUGAUAGAGAAGGCGUGUGGCGACAUUCUGGGACUAACAAACCUUAUCUCCCUAGAUCUGCGUAUCCAGGGAUGGCCAAAGCCGUUCAUGGCCUGGAUCAUGUGUCUCGGGACGGGAUGGUGGCAGCUGUGACUCGGGUGUGGCAUGCCCCUGGGUUUGCCACAGCUGCUGCCCAAUUCUGCGGGAAGUGUAUGGUGUGCAUGAAAUUCAAUGUGGGAAAGGGCAUCCCAACCGGCCCUGCAGUGACCCCGAGUCCCCAAAGCCCAUUCGAUCACCUGCAGAUGGAUUUCAUUGAGCUAACGCCGUGCAGGGGAUAUAAGUAUUGCUUGGUGAUUGUAGAUUUGUUUUCCAGAUGGGUGGAGGCAUUUCCUUGCCGUCGCCCUGAUGCUCUGAGUGUGGCUAAAUGUCUGUUAAAGGAGGUGAUUCCACGAUGGGGCAUUCCAUCUAAAAUCACCACAGACAACGGUCCUGCGUUCAUCGCAGAGAUCCUGGCUAAAUUGUCCCAUUGGAUGGAAAUUGAUUUGAAGCAUUAUUGUGCCUAUCACCCCUCGAGUGGGGGGAUAGUGGAGAGAGCAAAUCAGACACUUAAACUGAAAUUGGCGAAAAUUUCAGAGACGACGGGCCUGCCCUGGGUGGAUGCCCUGCCCCUGGCUUUGUUAUUCAUGCGAGCAAGGACGCACCGCCAAACAGGAUUGGCUCCUUUCGAAGUGUUGACGGGAAGGCCGAUGCGUGUUUUGUCUCCCUCGCGAUAUGUCACACUGGAGACCGUGGAAGGGGAUUUGCUGACUUAUCUUACAGGUUUGCGGCAGGCGAUAGGUGCAGCCUGGGACCAGGUUCGUGCCAAUUGGAGGAAUCCAGAGGGAGAGCUGCCACGAGCUGUGACACUGCUCGAGCCAGGGAGCUGGGUGUUGGUUCGCGACCUGAGGAGGAAAAGAUGGAACACGCCGAGAUGGAGGGGACCCCACCAGGUCUUGAUGGCAAAUUCUGUUAUGUUCCUACGGGCUCCCCCUCUUCCCUACGCGGAUGAUCCUCUUCUUCCCGCCUGGCUCUACGACCCUCAGCCCCAGGUUGUCGUCCAUGCGACCGGCAACGCCAACACCGCUGGUGACUCCUGUUCCAUCCGGCCGCCACCAGCCCACUUCGACCCGCUGCGCAAUGGUCCGGCGUUUUACUACACUGCGGACUCUGAUUGUUUGUGAACUAUGCGGAUUUCGCAUGUUCAAAAGGGGGGAAUGUGGAAUUAAAAUUGGACAUCGGUAGGCCCGGGAGGUUGGCAUAUUGGGACUGUGUGUGUCUUUAGGCCUUAGGCAAGAAGAGAUUGUUUUGAAUACUGUGUGACCUCGCUUCGAGAUAGCUGCCUGCAGUAAGUUCCGCAGACCCUGAGGAAAACUCGGGCCUUGGAGAAGCAGACAGCGGAACAAAGGGGGGGGAGAAACCACCU